AUGAUACCCGCGUCGACAAAAGAUUUGGAUAAGCCUAGUGCUAGUGAUCGUGCUCCAUGUGAAGCGACAAAGGGUAGAUUCUACCUCUGGACCCGACCUGGAACUUCCAAAGAGGAGAGAAAGCUCGUGCAGAAGCUGGACUUCGCAAUUCUUACAUUCUGUUGCUUGACAUUCUUUACCAAAGACCUGGAUCGAAACAACAUCAAUAACGCUUAUGUGUCCGGCAUGAAGGAGGAUUUAGGUCUUUAUAGCAAUCAGCUCAACUGGAUGACCACUUGGUUCCAAAUCGGCUAUAUUGUGGGCCAGAUUCCAUCUCAAAUACUGCUGACCAAGAUAUCGCCACGAUGGUAUCUCCCCGCCGUCGAGUUUCUUUGGAGUCUGUUCGUGCUGUUCAUAUUCAAAUGUAACACGGUGGAGCAGAUCUAUGCGCUGAGAUUUUUUGUGGGCUUUUUCGAAGCAGCCAGUUGGCCCGGGCUCCAUUUCAUGAUAGGCACUUGGUAUCGUAACCAUGAGAUCAACAAGCGGAGUGGUAUCUUUACAGCAUCCGGCAUUGCCGCGACCAUGUUUUCGGGAUACAUCCAAGCAGGCAUCUACGAGACCAUGGACGGCCGUUUAGGCCUUCGAGGGUGGAGAUGGCUGUUUAUCAUCGAUUUUCUUAUCACCUUCCCCAUGGUGAUUCUGGGUCUGUCCAUUAUCCCCAAUCCGCUUUAUGAAAAGAAGACCUGGUGGAUGACAGAGAAGGAGCGGCAGAUGUGCAUGGCACGCCUCGAGUCGGAUCAUCGCCAGCCACUUGGUCACUUUGAUCGGUCGCUUUUCAAGCGGGUCCUAGGAAGAUGGCACUUCUGGAUUCUGGCAAGUAAAUCACGAAACUGCACCUGGUUCUCGUUAAUGUACUUUGUCUACCAAGCCCCCACGACAACAACUAUGUCUCUCUGGCUGAAAGCAGAAAAGUACUCGGUACCAGACAUCAACAACCUACCUACCGUAUACUCCGCUGUCUCCAUCGUCUUCAUGCUCCUAUCCGGGGUUUAUAAUGACUGGCGCGGCUCCCAGAUAGAGUCCGUCAUAUUGAUUUGCAUCACGCAGAUCGUGAGCGAGUCGAUGCUGACGGCGUGGUUAAUUUCGAAACCUGCCAAAUUCUUUGCUUAUUAUAUUGCCGGAACAAUCCAGUCACUAUUCCCGAUUAUUGUCAGCUGGACGCACGUGGUUUGCUCUGGAGAUGCUGAAGAGCGGGCCAUUGUGAUCGGCAGCCUUAAUGCCAUCGGACUUGCUCAUGGAACGUGGUGGAAUCAAGUGUUCAUCCCAACUGUUGAGGCGCCCCGGUUUUAUCGUGGAUACCGUGCUGGUUUGGCCGCCUCCUGUGCACUCUUUGCGUGGCUACCUGUCGUGGUUUGGUUUACUCGCAGACAACGCCUUCGGGGAGACUCCGACUGA